AUUCUAAAUUUUCUGUUCAUCUUGGUCAGUCGCAUAAAUUUUUAGUGAAAAGUUUCUCAAAUUCAAUUCAAAAUUAUUUCAAAAAUGGCUUGUAUAGUGAAAGAUCCUUGUUGUCCUCCACCACGUUGUGGCCCGUGCCCUCCACCACCGUGUGGGCCAUGUGGACCCUUUCCUCCAUGUGGGCCCUGCCCUCCAUGUGGACCAUGCCCUCCAGGAUGUCCCCCAGGUUGCCCUCCAUGUGGACCGUGUGAUCCUUGCAUUCCCUGCAACCCAUGCAUUCCUUGUGAUAAAUCUGACUGUGGACCAAGUUGCUAUACUUCCCAAGAUCUUUGUUCAAUGCCACAAUGUCCAUCGAUUUGCCCUCCACAGCAGUGUGGGCCUCGAUUCGUAAAAGUUCAGCAGCCACCAAAGGUUGUUUGUCAGAAAAAAGUAAUUUACACAAAGCGAACUGUGAUUGACAAACAUGUCGUUCCACAAACUAAGGAAAUAUGCGAACCAAAGCUUAUUUAUGAGCCAAAAGUAAUCUGCGAACCUUGCAUUGUCUAUAAGAAGCGCAUUGUCCCGGAACCUAAAAUAAUUUACUGCAAGAAGGUCGUAGCUGAUCCAAAAGUUGUCUGUCAACCACGUGUAAUCGUAGAACCAAAAGAAAUCUGUCAAACAAUUGUCUGUCAACCCAAGCCUCAAACGAUUCAAAUUCCAGAAGCCCGAGAAUACAUGUGUGCCCCUACGGGAUCUGCUUUUAUUAAUCAGCCUGGUUGUCCACCAGUUCCAUGUCUACCACUUGGAAAGCCCUGUAAUCCUUGUCCACCAAAACAAUUUAAUUGUUAACCGAAUAAAUAAAUUUUAAGAUUUUUCAUUAAUUAAA